CCUUUAAUAAACUGAUUGGGUCGCACACUGAAAGGACCGAUUUUCAAGGUGAUUUUUGAGUGAAAGCGUCUCAAAAGCCAAGGCGGAAUUACGGGAGAGUGAACCAUCUCGCUUCAGGACGACACUUCCUGGCCCCCCCCCCCGACUCGCUGAACCUGACAGCCGCCGUUGUCCGGCACCAAAGACCGUUGAGGGUUGCAGCGAUGUCGGCCGCUGUUCCGGGGACCAGCAAGGCAGCCCACAGCGAUGUGGCCCCGAAGAAGAAGAAGGGACCCGGUGCCCUGGCGACGGCCUACUUGGUCAUUUACAACGUUGUUAUGACGGCGGGGUGGCUGGUGAUAGCUGUGGGCCUGGUCAGAGCUUACCUAGCCAGAGGAAGCUACCACGGGCUGUACUACUCGAUAGAGAGGCCUCUGAAGUUCUUUCAGACUGGAGCUAUUUUGGAGAUACUGCACUGUGCUGUAGGAAUUGUACCGUCCUCCGUGGUCCUGACUGGAUUCCAGGUCAUGUCCCGGGUCUUCCUCACCUGGGCCGUCACACACAGCGUCAGGGAGGUGCAGAGCGAGGACAGCGUGCUACUGUUUGUCACAGCCUGGACCGUCACGGAGAUCAUCCGCUACUCUUUCUACACCUUCAGCCUGCUCAAUCACCUGCCAUACCUCAUCAAAUGGGCAAGGUACACCUUUUUCAUUGUGCUGUAUCCCAUGGGAGUGACUGGGGAACUGCUGACUAUCUAUGCAGCGCUGCCGUACGUGCAGAAGACAGGCCUGUACUCUGUCACUCUCCCCAACAAGUACAACUUCUCCUUCGACUACUACACCUUCCUCAUCCUCGUCAUGAUCUCCUACAUUCCCCUCUUCCCUCAGCUUUACUUCCACAUGAUACGACAGAGGAAGAAGGUGCUGGGCCACGUAGAAGACUACAGCAAAGUGGAGUGAUCAGACGGAUCUGAUCAAGGGCGAAGAAACCAAAACAACCAACGGAAGAGGAACAAAACCAUGUCUGCUUAUUGAAACACAAAACCCGACCAGUUUUCAAACUGCCAGAACGGGCCUGGCAGAUGAUCCAAUUGUCAAGCAUCGUAAUUUUUGUCCAGCCGUUGUCUGGGUUGUAUAGAUGCUCACAAAUCAUGAACGAACUGGUGUUAUUUUUGUUGUUGUUUUUAUUUAUGAACAAACUGCAGGUACUUUUGUAUAGUCAAAGACCUUGCUGCUACAACGGUACUGUAUUUUCACUUGGAUACAGUUGAGCUGCCACGCGAGCAGUGAGCCGAAUUCACUCACAGCAAAGCUUUGAACUAAAUCGCGCACUAAUAGAAUCUAUAACCUCCUUUUAAAUAACACUAUAGAAAAUCCCUAAUAGGUUUCUCACCUCACCCAGGGCUCGUCUUUUGGUCUUUUUAAGAAGCAGUUAUCCUUUACUACACUACAGAAAGAAUAAUGUGAAGACUAGCACUGCAACUAGGUUGUCUGUAGGUUUUGCAUCUACAGUUUGUUUGUUGGUCCAGAUCCGUUUUUUUGUUUUCUUUCAUUCGUUUCAGUCAAAGGUUUGAUUACAUUCCUAAUUUAGUCCAAUAAACCUUUUUUCAUUCUGUGCUUGCAUGGUUUUCUAUCUGUUUUCCACUUGUGUUGCUCUUUGUUUGGUGUUUGCUCGGAUGUUGUUUUGACUUGUGUCUCAGUUACACUCUUACUGGUCUGCCAUUGAUUAUGUUGACUGUCUAAAAGCUUUAAGUUUCCCAACUUUGCCAGUGAUGACUGUGAGUUGUGUCGUUUGGUUUCCUCAUUGCUUGAUGUUUACUAACCUGAUGUAGCCAGUAGGUGAUUGAAGAGACUAGUCAUGUUUUUCCUUACCACAUGCAUCCAAGUGAGCAAAAAUUCCUCAUCUCUUCAGGUGAUUGCAUUUUUCUUUCUUUUAUCUAUUGAAACUAACUACUUUUAGCAUUUUCAGCUCCAUUAAAGUGAUGCUUUUCAAACCACCCAAAUUAGAACAUGCACACUUUCAUUCUUUAUUAAGCUCUGUCUUCAGUCCUCAUCCCAUCUCUAAUUAAUUGACAGGGUCCGUUUGUCUCGUAAACGGGAUGUGAAACCCUUUUAUCACAAACGAACAAUUAAGAUAUCAUGGCUUGUAAUGAGACACUAGCAAAAAAGAACAGAUAGCGCAACAUACAGUAGCAA